GAGACAAAGUUAGAGGAACAGAGAGAAUAAGUGAGAGACAGGCUCUAAGGCAGUCAGACGAAGAGAGGGGUUGGCAGUCAAGGGAAGCUCAACUCAUCUCCAAUUCCCUGCUACAGUGAGUGACCAUGUGGCUGGGGUGGAAUAUUGUCUGGCUCGGGGUCUUUCUCAUUGGCCUAAAUGGGACCGUAGCCUGGGCAUCUGACAUCCAGCACCACCGCUAUGAGGAGUUAGUGCGGGCCCUGUUCGUAGUGCAGAGCGAGUGCCCAUACAUCACACGGAUCUACAGCAUUGGGCGCAGUGUGGAGGGACGCCACCUCUAUGUACUGGAGUUCAGUGAUACCCCAGGCAUCCACGAAGCAAUGGAGCCCGAGUUCAAGUAUGUGGGGAACAUGCACGGGAACGAGGUGCUGGGUCGGGAGCUGCUGAUCCAGCUCUCCCAGUUCCUAUGUGAGGAAUACCGGGCCGGAAACCAGAGGAUCACACGCCUCAUCCAUGACACGCGCAUCCACAUCCUGCCUACCAUGAACCCAGAUGGUUAUGAGGUGGCUGCCAAGCAGGGUCCUGAGUUCAAUGGCUACCUAGUUGGGCGAGGCAACUCCAGGGAGGUGGACCUGAACCGGAAUUUUCCAGACCUGAACGCUCUCAUGUACUACUAUGAGAAGACUAAUGGUCGGAACCAUCACCUGCCCCUGCCUGAUAACUGGGAGCAUCAGGUUGAACUGGAGACACUGGCAGUGAUAAAGUGGAUGCAGAACUAUAACUUUGUUCUGUCUGCUAACCUGCAUGGUGGGGCAGUGGUGGCCAACUACCCCUUUGACAAGUCAAGAGACCCCCGAAUCAGAGGCAAGACUACAUACGCCACAACCCCAGAUGACAAGAUAUUCAAAAAGUUGGCCAGGACGUAUUCGUAUGCCCACAGUUGGAUGCAUAAGGGAUGGAACUGUGGAGAUUUUUUUGAUGAAGGGAUCACCAAUGGAGCCAGUUGGUAUUCUCUGUCUAAAGGAAUGCAGGACUUUAACUACCUAUACACCAACUGCUUUGAGAUCACUCUGGAACUCAGCUGUGAUAAGUUCCCCCCAGCAUCAGCCCUGUCAAGAGAAUGGCUGGGCAACAGAGAGGCCCUGAUCUCCUUCCUGGAGCAGGUGCAUCAUGGGAUCAAAGGAAUGGUGUAUGAUAACAACAACAACCCAAUCGGCAACGCAGAGAUUUCAGUAGCUGGUAUCAACCACGAUGUGACCACUGGUGUGGAUGGAGACUACUUCAGAUUGCUGUUACCAGGCACCUACACUGUGACAGCAUCAACAUCAGGAUACUUGCCCUCUACCAGCACGGUGACAGUGGGACCUGCUGAGGCUAUACAGUUGCACUUUUACCUGAAAGUGGCACCAAAAGAUACAAAUCUGACAGGGUCCCACCACAGCAAGAAAAACCUCUCCUCAGCUAAGGUGGGCCCACGAUGAGACAUGGGUGUGAGAUAAACAAAGAACACGCCCACAUGUCCACGCAGAGGGAACAAUUGACAAUGUGUAAUAAAUGUCACUUAAAGAUACACCUAUUUUGUAAGCCUGAUUUACUCCUGAUUUGUAUUGUGAUUUUCAAGGAGAGUUUUCAUGUUCACAUUUUGAGUAAAAAGAAUUACAUAGAUUUCAUGAAAUGAAUCAACAAUAAAAGGUGGUGAAUGCUUUACUUUAAGUAUUAGUCAUUGAAAUUGAUGUGCAAAAAUAUCUAUAUAGCAGCAUAGCACAUAAUUUCAUUACUAUAAAGAUAAACAAUUAUUUAAAGAUAAAAAUAAAGAUGAAUUGUUGAAAUAAUUGGUUUUAUGAAAUGUGAUAUCUUAUAUUGUGAUACUAGCUUUAAUUAAUUAAAGGAAUACUACACUCA